GCCCCUCAUCGUCAUUAAUCCAGGCAAUACCACGAUGCAGUCGCCUCAGAGGCCUCUGGACCUGGCCACCAUACCAGCCAUCGUCGAGGAAGAUGGCAAUGGUCUGGAUGCUGUCGAGGACUCGCCAUCGUCGUCGUCAUCAUCAUCGUCACCGCCUGCCUUUGCUCUAGCUACGGGACUUGUCUACUCGACGGUCAUGAUGCUCCACAGCUACCCAACGACGAUCGUCAAGCCAAGCGACGAUCAUCCAGAAGCACCCGAACGAAUAUCGAGGGCAUUCAUCGUCCUCAAAGAGAAUGGUUGCGUCAAACGGAUGAAGAGGAUACAACCCAGGGAGAUUACUCGGGACGAAGUAGCGCUGGUCCAUGACAAAGGCGUGUGGGAAGGCGUUUACCGAUCCCAGUUCUACACUCGUUCGGAUUUGGCCGAGAUUACGGCCCUUUUCGGCGAGCGCUCUUCCCUCUACCUCAACGAGCAUACCUUCCUCUCGGCAAGACUAUCAUGCGGAGGUGUCAUGGAGCUUUGUGAUGCAGUAUGCUCUGGCAGAAUACACAAUGGCUUUGCAAUCGUCCGUCCACCUGGCCACCAUGCCGAGCCGGACAAAUCAAUGGGCUUCUGCCUCUUCAACAAUGUAGCAGUCGCAGCGAGGUGGAUCAGGCAAAGAUAUGGUGGCCAAGAUGUCCCAAAGGAGCAGAGGGUCCGUAAGAUACUCAUCCUCGACUGGGACGUCCAUCAUGGCAAUGGAACGCAGAGAGCAUUCGAGGAAGACGACGAUGUGCUCUACAUUUCCCUUCACCGCUACGACGAUGGAGAAUUCUACCCCUGUGGCACAUACGGCGCAAGCGCGUCAAUGGGAUCUGGCAAAGGUCGUGGCUUCAGCGUCAACAUCCCUUGGCCGUGCGGUGACAUGGGCGAUGGCGAGUACAUCUACGCCUUCCAUCAGGUCGUCAUGCCCAUCGCAGCAGAAUUCGGACCCGAUCUCGUCAUCAUCUCGGCUGGGUUCGAUGCUGCCAUGGGUGAUCCAUUGGGCGGCUGUGAUGUCACGCCAAUUGGGUACGCUCAGAUGACUUGGAUGCUCAUGGGAUUGGCAAAGGGCAAGGUAGUGGUAGCCCUCGAAGGUGGAUACAACAUCGAGGCACUCGCCCUAUCGGCUCUGGCUGUCACUCGCACGCUUCUGGGCGAUCCAGUCCCUUCACACGAAAGCCUCGCCCCCGCCUGUACCGCAGCGGUCGACGUGUUGCGGCUAGUCAAGAGAGACGUAGCGCCCUAUUGGAAGUGCAUCGAAUCCAACCCGCUCGAUCCGCGCCCAGAUAUCGAAGACGGCCUUACUCGCUACUCUCUAUCAGAGCUCCUCAAGGCGCACCGCCAACAGGAAAUCGCCCGUCACUUCCAACUCUCGGAGCUACCUGCUGGUGAUCGCAAGUGGGACUCUCAUGCCCUCUGCUCGAGCGACCUCAUGGACACACCGCGCACCGUCGUCCUCUUUGCGCACGACAUGGGCAGCCUACGCGCAGGCAAUGAGCGACCCAAUCUGGCACUCAUACCCGAGUCAGAGGGAGCCUACAUCAUCGACUCGUCCAAGGUAGUCCUCGAUUGGAUUCAGCAACGUAGAUUCGGUAUCGUCGAUGUCAACCUGUACUCCGGCUCAUUGCACGGAGCAGACGCGACCGACUUCCUCGAGUUCAUCUGGGACACGUAUCUCGACCUCUGCCCUGCGACGGACAUCGUCCUUUUCGCCCAUGCAGGGGCAGCCAAGUCGGUCCUUUCUCUGAUCUCUUCACGCCGUCUCGACAAGGACUCGCGUGUCAUAUCCACGUGCUUGACAAUGGGCCAUGAAGCCGUGCCAAUGGUGCCCAAAGACGAGGUGGAUCUACGCAAGUGGUACAUCAAGAACGGAAGAGUCUUCCUACCUGAGACGCAUUCGUGGUGGUCGCAGGAUGAUGACAAGAGGAGGAAGAUGAAGAGGGCAGGCAAAGUUGUAUCCGUCGCUGAGAGGAGACCCAUUCAGGUGCUUACGGCUGCCUUGGGUGAGGUCGCGGCGUUUGUUGAUGCGAGGCUAGCAGCGAAACAAGAGAUAGUUGCGUGAGGAAGAAAGUGGCGACGCUGCUCUGCGCUGUACUUGUACGAUAUCAUCAUCUCAAGCAUUUCAUCUGCUUCCACCAGUUGGCUUCGAACUUCCUAAUCGUCUUGUGCGAUGCCUCUUCCAGCUCAUCGUCGUCUCCAUCGUUCUCCAUAUCGACAUCUCCUCUUCUUUGAGCAAGACUUCGAUCGAAACGCUCCCAAUUGUGCGCUAUUAACUUCGCCGCCUCGUUCACGUCUCCACCAUCAUUACAUGCUCCAGGCUCCUCCCUCAAC